GCUAAGGACGCGGCUAGGGCGUCAGGGAAGAAGAAGGGGACGACUCUGUCCCAGCUGAAGAAGAGAGCUGUGCCGGCUGGCUCGGAGACUCCGAGUACCUUCAAGAAGCCAAAACCCCUACCUCGCCGUCUCGUGAAGAAAGACGAGUCGAAGGUUGCUGAGGGGGGAUGCCCUGAUGACGAAGAGAUGGGCGUGGACAAGCCGUCUCUGGUGGUGGACUUGGUGGAGGACCCUCUUUCGGGAAUCCCGGCCGACGUCCGCUCUCAGAUACCGGCGGAGGUGGCCCGCCGAGCUAGGUCUUCGGGCGGUAAGUAUUAUUCGAACGUCGUUCAGACGUAUCGAGCCUCCUCUGGCAGUUCUUCUUACUCUCCGCGUCAUCCUAAGGCCAUUGUUUUUCCUAUAGCCAAAGACAAAGGGAAGGAUGCAGCUGCUGCCGAGGAUGAGAACGUACCUGCUACUCCACACUAUUCGUCAAAGGAUAGGGUGGCUAUAUGCCGCAAGGUUUUUAAGGCCGUCCCCGCUGAGUAUGUUGCUUCUCUUCCUGGCCGCAAGACUGACGCCCAGUUUGGUGCGAUCCAGGCCACUCUUCUCGACUUGUUCUGCCGCAUGGAAUUCUGCAAGAGCUGGAAGACCCGCACUGCUGAGGAGCUCAAAGCUCAGGUGGCUGAGUCCACCCACCAUGGUGACUAUGCGUUCAAGUCCAUUGAAGAGGUCCGCCUGCAGAUGCAGACGACCAUAGACCUUCAAGCGAAGGAGGUGGCUGCGUUGAGAUCUGACAAGGCCGAGCUGCUUAAGAAGAUCUUGGCGCAGGACAAGGACAUGGUGGCAAUGGUCGAGGAAGCCAAGACAGCGGCGGCGGAAAUACGGGCGCUUCAGGACCAGUUGCGGGAGUACCCUCAGGUCAAAGAGGCGGCUGAGGAAGCCGAGCAUCUUCGUGGGGAGCUAGAGACGGCCAGAUCGCAAGUUUGCACCUUGCGUGAGCGUCUUCUGGAAUCCUAUGAUCAGGGGGAACAAGCGACCAAGGACGCUGUUAAGCACGCCUGGGAGAGCCACAUGUCAGAGUAUGAUCUUGGGUGGUUCCAGCGGCGAAUGGAGCACAGUGCCGCUGUGUUGGCUGCUGAACGUCUUGGUCAGCCGCCCCCUGAGUUUGUAUCAUCUGAUGACGAGGACGAUGCGGCCGCCCCCUGAUUUGCUUCCUUUCCUAUUUUUUUUAAAAAAUUUUAUUCAAGCGUUCCAGUGCCUAAGGGCAAAAACAAUUAUGUUGUAAAGUUUUGGCGCUGAUGGCGUCUGUAUCAUUGUGCCUGCUGAGCACACAACAAUUCUCUUUCUUUUUCCUGGUCAGGAAUUCUGAGCUACUUUCACACGCCUUUCUACGGGCGUUGUUUUAUAAGUAAAUAGGUUUUUUGAUGUUUCUCCUAUCUCGCAUUUACUUGCUCUUCAUAAUUUGAUUAUUCCUUGAUCAAUAGGCUUAAUAGGCUUAAUCAAUAGGUAUGGUUGCCAAGGUGCAUCCGAGUGUACACUAAGCACGUUAAUGCCGCAGGCAACUGAGUAGGCGCUAGGCCCUACUUUGGUCGUCACUUUCUUUGGCGAGCGUGUCUAUAACGAUAUUGAUUGGCGCAAGUCAAUCAACAGGUAUGAUUGCCGCUAGACAUGCUCGUCAAAUGGACUGUACAGCCAAACGUUCGUGCCACCUAACUUUGAGCAAACAACCUUUGUUUCGAAGUUAAUCGUGCCGCUGAACUUUUGAGCGGACAACCUUUGUUUCCAAGUGGUUGGUGCCGCUGGAAACUGAGCAUGCGCUAGGCCCUA